UGACUUUGCCACUCAAGAUCGCGAUUAAAUAACUGUGCAUCCCUCGCACGCAUGGUUCAUAAGACUAUUAUAAUUGAUCUUAAGCAGCUGAUGUGGGCAAGCAAACAGGCAACAGACGCAAGAAAAUGGAGGGACUUUUUAAAGCUGUCUUUGUACUCAUAGUGGCACUCGUAUUCCUGCGGUAUCUCGGAUCUAACGAUCCCGUUCACAUUGAUCCUGUAAAUCCGACUGAUCCGAUCGUUUUACCCCCUGGGGUCCACCGCGACGUACUCAUUAUUGGUGGUGGUCUCGCGGGGUUGUCGGCGGCAUUGGAGCUGGUAGAGAGGGGUUAUAAUGUGACUGUCAAGGAGGCCAGUCCAAUGCUUGGAGGACGUCUUAAAUCUACUGAGGUCGACAUCUUGGGGGAAACGUUCAGAGUAGACCACGGCUUUCAUGCAUGGUUUUACAAUUACUACACAUUCAAGGACAUACGGCACCGCUUAGGCAUCAACGACAACUUUCAGAGGUGGGGAGCAAAUCACUUCCGGUUCAGGAACUAUAAGGAUGAGGUCAUGGAAAGCAAAGGACCCUAUCCUUUAAACGUUAUAGCCACGCUCCUGAAGAGCCCUAACUUCAAGGUGUCAGAUAUUUUUGACAUCGUGCGUAUAUCUGUUUUCUUUGCGUACUACAAUCACGACACCGUCUAUCAGAGAUAUGGAAACAUCACAUUUGAUGAAUGGACUGAAAUAGAAGGAGUGCCCACUUGGUUUGCUGAUACCGUGCUCCGCCCAGCUCUCUCCGUAACUUUUAAUGAGCGAACUGUGCUUAACGCCGCAGAGAUUCUGAUGUAUUCGCACUUUUAUUUCACUGGAGAUAGUAAGGCUGAUCAACGUUCGAUAGCCACAGUGGACCAUCGUACUGCUGUCUUUGACCCGUGGGAAAGGAGACUAAAGUCACUCGGCGCUAAGAUAGAGACGAGUGCUCCUGUCUCUGAUCUAAGGUUCGCUAGCAAGGAUAGCCUGGUGUCAGGGGUAUUACCUGGAGCACAAAGGUCAUAUGAUCAUGUGAUCUUAGCACCCGACUUAUCGGCCGUAAAAACGAUCUUCACAGAAACCAGCCAAAAAUUUCCGCGCAAUGAACACAUGGCCUGCAUCCAAAACAGGCUCCAGCAACUUCCCAUGGCGCCGUCGUACAAGGUUAUUAGGGUGUGGUUCAAUAAACAGAUCUCGCCAUCACAUCCCGCCAUUUUACAAACGUCCGAGUACCAUCCAAUCAACUUGGUCGUACAGUAUCACCUGAUCGAGAAGAAAUCACGUGAGUGGAGUCUGCGGACGGGUGGAUCUAUCAUUGAGUUUCACCUGUACGCUUGGUCGUACGGCGACGUGAAGGACGAGGACGUGUGGGAUACUGUUUCACCUACCGUGAGGGAAAUCUAUCCCGAAAUAUUUGUCGAGGAUUUCAAAAGGUUAGGUCAGUUUGUCCAUUCCGGGACAAACUUUGCGUCGUUCCCGUCCAGUCUCGAGCACAUCCGACCAACUGUUACUUUCCCAUCCGAGUGCGGCGUGACGAAUUUGAACUUUGCGGGCGAUUGGUUGCACACCGAUUACCCCUCAGCCCUAAUGGAACGUGCCGUGUCGACGGGUAGAAUUGCAGCCAAUCAGGUGCUUCUCUCAGAUCACGUGAGGCAGGUUCCUAUGCUUGUAGCGAGUAAUUACGGACCAGGAUAUAUAUGAUUGUCCGUAGUAUAUAUACUAAAACUCUAAUCAGGGUAGUUGUGUGU